UUACCAACUUGAAACCACAGCGAACGUAGGUAAUAUUGAAGUAACAACUUUACAUAGGAGUUAAGUGAAAUAUAAUAUACUUACCAUAUUGACGGAUUUUAAAACUGUCGUUUGAAGAUCGCUUCAAAGUUAAAACUUUUUUGAUCCUGGCAAGUUUAUAAAUUUGAAUCUCCUGAAACGGUAAUCGUUGGGGAAAACAGAUUAGAAGAAAUUGUGGUUAGGUUAUGUCCUGUCCUAUAGACUUUGGUGUUGAUUGUUGAUAUACAAAUCCUAUCAUGGCUAAUAAAUGGUUUAAAUUAAUAUGCAAGAGCAGUGAAUUACAAUUACUUGGCACUCUCAAUGGAGGACAAAGUUUCAGGUGGAAAACGUGUGUUCAAGAAGGCAAGGAUGUUUGGAUUGGGGUGUUUUCAGAUAAAGUUUGGAUAUUGAGACAAGAGAAUGAUUGUAUAUUUUAUAAGGUCUUUGGUGAUACAGAAGGACCUCAACACAAUGAGAAUAACUAUAAUGACAUCCUGAGGAAUUACUUUCAGUUGAAUUUGAAUCUAGAGGAGUACUAUAGUGAAUGGUCCAAGUCAGAUAAAUAUUUCGAAAAUGCAGCCAAGCAGUUCUAUGGAAUCAGAAUCUUGAAGCAGGAUGUUAUAGAAAAUAUAUUUUCGUUUAUUUGCUCCUCAAAUAAUCAUAUAUCAAGGAUAAGCGGUAUGGUGGAAAAACUUGCUAAAUUUUAUGGAAAAGAAAUAUGUGAACUGAACGGGGAAAAAUACUAUUCCUUCCCAAAAGUGGAAUCUUUAGCCCAAAAAUCUGUAGAAGCAAAUCUGAGAACGAAUGGUUUUGGAUAUCGUGCCAAAUACAUCAGCAAAUCAGCAGAACUAAUAGUUAAUGAAGGUGGAGAUCAAUGGGUAAAACGUUUACUGGAAAUGAAAUACGAGGAAGCAAAAAAGACGUUAAUGCUUCUGACAGGAAUAGGAGCAAAGGUAGCAGAUUGCAUAUGCCUGAUGUCUCUAGGUCACUUACAGGCAAUACCAGUAGACACCCACAUUUACCAAAUAGCCAAAAGGUUGUAUUUGCCAAAACUAGUAGAAAAUAAAACGGUGACAGAAAAAGUAUAUAAGGAAAUAGGGGAUCAUUUCAGGAUGCUGUACGGCCCAUUAGCAGGAUGGGCACAUACUGUUCUGUUCUGUGCGGAUCUUAAAAAAUUUCAAGAAACUCCUGAUACAAAAGAAGUGAGUGGUAACAAAAAGAAAAAACUCAAGUCCAAGAAAUAAAUGUCUCUAGUGAUUUUACUUGUUUUUAUUAAAGAAUUAUUUUUUUCAUU